GUGAGUAUCAAAAAAUUAGAUGACAUAUUAUUGCCUUAUUGGUCAUUUUUAAGUUUAACGGUAAGCAAAUAAAUCGUCACUGAUUAUUAAUUUAUUACCAAAAAUAUUUUAAAAAAAUAACUCAUCCACCAAUAAUAAUUAAUUCUCUUUUGACUCAAAUCACUAAUAAUCCGAUAAACCCACAAUUUCUCCGAUUUUUUUUGAAAUAUAAACAAAUAAAUACUUGCGGCGCUUUUUUGAACCAUUUCAACUCUCUUUUCUCUCUUUUUCUUUUCUCUCUCUUUUCUUUGUGAGUGAGCAAAGAAAGAGCACACAGAGCAGAUUCGAAGAAAACCAACAAUGGCGGGUUACAGAGCUGACGACGACUACGACUACCUAUUCAAGGUAGUUCUGAUCGGUGACUCCGGUGUUGGUAAAUCGAAUCUUCUUUCUCGUUUCACGAAGAAUGAGUUCAACCUUGAGUCCAAAUCUACCAUUGGUGUUGAAUUCGCUACUCGUACUUUAAAUGUUGAUUCUAAAGUCAUUAAGGCUCAGAUCUGGGAUACUGCUGGUCAAGAAAGGUAUCGUGCCAUCACCAGUGCUUACUACCGUGGGGCAGUUGGUGCACUUCUUGUAUAUGAUGUCACACGCCAUGCAACAUUUGAGAACGUCGACAGAUGGUUGAAAGAACUGCGAAACCACACAGAUUCCAACAUUGUUGUGAUGCUUGUCGGCAACAAAGCAGAUCUUCGUCACCUUGUAGCUGUAUCAACUGAAGAUGGGAAGUCUUAUGCUGAGAAAGAAUCACUUUAUUUCAUGGAAACCUCAGCUCUGGAGGCUACAAACGUAGAGAAUGCAUUCGCUGAAGUUCUGACUCAAAUCUACCAUAUUGUUAGCAAGAAAGCAGUAGAGGGUGCUGAAAAUGGAAACGCGUCUGUGCCGGCCAAAGGAGAGAAAAUAGAUAUUAAAAAUGAUGUUUCUGCCUUGAAGAGAGUUGGUUGCUGCUCAAGUUAAGAUUGGAAAACAUAAUUCAAUUGGUUGAUAUCGGAUUUGUUGUAUGUGUAAUAUUCUAAGAGAGAGAUACAAACUAGAAGAAGUCGAAAAAAUGUAAUUUAAUUUUUCAUAGCUUGUUAGACUCUUAUGUAAUCUUAAAAAACAAGUUUCAUGUUCCAAUAGGAGCUGACGGGAAACAAGGUUGUUGCUAUGAUAGUAUGCACUCUGUAGUGUUAUAGUUGUUUUUGAAAAAUGUUUUCAUCUGCUUAGUGGUUCAAGUUUGAAAGUAAUUGAAUCAUUUGUUUCAUUAA